AAUGCUCUGUGUCCUACAGAUGCAGUGUGAUGGGAGCACCAAAAUGAGCAGCUCCUCCAGUCCUGGUCCCACUCGGGAAUGGGGCAGGCAGCCGCUGGGAGGAGCCGUUUUUGGGAUGUCCAAAGCAUUUUUGGGACGGCCAAAAAUGUGGGGAGUCUGAGUCAGCGCUGUUCAUCCUCAGCAAGCUGGGAUCCUCCUCCUCUGUAACCCCCUGGGGGGCACUGAGCCCCCACUGUCCCAGCGCUCGGCGACCGCGGUGCCCGAGGGACACCCCUAGGUGUGCCCAAAUCUGCGUGACUCCCCCCGGAGGUUAAUCCAGCGCCCAAAAUCCCGGGGGCAGCGGCGGUUCGGGAGCGGGGGCGAUGGCGCCGGGGGCCGGGCCGGGCUUGGAGGCAGCGCCGCUGUCAGCACGGAGGCACCGCAGGGUGCAGAGGGCCGGGGUGCCCGGCGGGCGGCAGCGCCGGCGGUGCCCCCGGUGCCCGUGUCCGCCGCGCCCCGCCCGCCCGGCAGUGACGCGCUGGCCUCGCAGGGCGGAGCCUCCGCCCUCCGCUCCCGCCAUCACCAAACUUUCCGCCGGCCCCAGCCGCCGCCGCCGCCUCCCCGGCACAUGGUACCGCCACCCCGGCGCUGAGCCCCGCCAGCACCCCCGGCCGGGGCGACGCCACCGCGGGGAGCGGGGACAGCGCGGCCGCCACCGCGGGGAGCGGAGACAGCGCGGCCGCCACCGCGGGGAGCGGAGACAGCGCGGCCGCCACCGCGCCAGCGCCGCUGUCACCGCCACCCAUCGCGGGGCUCUCGGGAGGACGGGGCAGAGCGGCGAGGGGCGGCCGGAGGCAGCGGAGCCGGUGCCCAUGUGCCCGCGGUCGCGGCGGGGCGAUGAAGCCGCGAUGAGCGCGGCGGGCGCGGGCACCGUGCGGCCCUGGAAGCCCGACCCGGGGCAGGCGGACGGGGGGCGGCCGCCGCCGGGGCCGGCGCUGCCGCUGACCCUCAGCGUGCUGGCCUGGCUGGGCACCGGCACCACCAUGGCCGGCCUCAACAAGUGGAUCUUCGCGGCGCACGGCUUCCGCUACCCGCUGCUGCUCUCGGCGCUGCACAUGCUGUCCGGCGUGGCCGUGGGAUACCCGCUGGGCUGGGCACGGGCACCGGGCCCCCGGCCCCGCGCCAGGAUCUACCUGCUCAGCCUCACCUUCUGCACCAGCGUGGCCCUGGGCAACCUGGGCCUGAGCUACGUGCAGCUGGACGUGGCACAGGCCGUGGCCACCACCACGCCGCUGGUGACGCUGGUGCUGGGGCUGCUGGGGGGCCGGCGGCCGCACCCGCUGCAGUUCUGGGCCAUGGGGCCGGUGUGUGCCGGGGCCGCCUGCAGCAUCGCCGGCGGGCUCUGCUUCUCCCAGCCCGGCUGCGGCUUCCUCCUGGCCGCCACCGUGCUCCGUGCCCUCAAGUCCAUCCAGCAGAGUGUCCUGCUGCAGGAGGACCGUCUGGACGCGCUGUCCCUGCUCAGCCUGACGUCCCUGCCCAGCUUCGUGCUGCUGUUCGGGGCGGCCGUGGCGCUGGAGCUGGGCCCCUCGUGGCAGGGCGUCCUUCGCCCCGAUGCCGCGCUCUGGGGCUGCGUCCUGCUCAGCUGCCUGGGCUCUGUCCUCUACAACCUGGCCACCUCCUGCCUCCUGUCCCUCACCUCGGCCCUCACGCUGCACCUCCUGGGCAGCCUCACCGUGGUGGGCAACCUGCUGCUGUCGUGGCUGCUGUUCGGCACACGGCUGGGCGCACUGGGCUACGCCGGCGUGGCGCUGACGCUGGCAGGGAUGGUGCUGUACCACCAGCCCCGGCUCCUGGCCGCCUGCUGGGGCCUGCGUGGGCUGCGGCAACACCCGCACCACGAGUAGGGACCUGUGGGGGGGUUGGGGCCAGGAGGGCUCUGGGGGAGUGCUGUGCACGUGGGUGCCAGUGUGUGUGUGACUCUGUGCACGUGGGUGCCAGUGUUUGAGUCUGCACAUGUGUGCCCGUGCGUUUGUGACUCUGUGCACAUGUGUGCCAGUGUGUGUGUGUGUGAGACUCUGUGCACAUGUGUGCCGGUGUUUGAGUCUGCACAUGUGUGCCAGUGUGUGUGACUCUGUGCACGUGUGUGCCAGUGUGUGUGUGACUGUGCAUGUGUGUGCCCGUGUGUUUGUGACUCUGUGCACGUGUGUGCCAGUGUGCAUGGCUCUGUGUGCACACACAGCUGCUGAGGUGCACAAGUGCGUCAGUGUGCAUGGUUGUGUGCGUGUGCGUUUUCUGGUGUGCCCAGAAGUGAGUAUACACGUCCUGCUUUGCACAGUGUGCAGGUGUGCUGGUGUGCCCAGCACUGUGCACAUGGACGUGCUGACAUGCACACGUGUUGUGUGCAUCGGUGUUGAAUUGCACACUCUUGGGUGUGAGUGGGUCUGUGCACAGCUCUGUGCUUGUGAGUAUACACAGGCUCUGCAGGUGUGAGCAUGGCUCUGUGUGGGACAUGCCUGUGUUGAUGUGUGUGACACUGCACACAUUGGUGUGCACAGGCUCUGUGUGCAAGCAGGUCUUGUGCUUGUGGGCACGUGUGCAUUGCCACAGGCUGUACACAGGUGUGUACAUGGUGUCUGUGUGGCACACGUGUGCUGGUUAGGUGUGCACAGCUCUGUGUGUGUGCUGCUGGCAGGUACCGCUGUGCACUGGCUCUGCACAUGUCCCUGUGGGUGCACACGGGCUGGACGUGCCCAGGGACACAUGGCUCUGGAUACAGAGCCCCGUGCAUCCAGCUGCUGUCCCACGUGGGAAAAGAGACGUGUCUGUGUGUCUGUGUCUGUGUGUGUCACUACUGAGCUCUGCUGGCUGGAGUGGCCCCUGGCUCUCUAUGUACACUCGGUUCUCGUGGCCAAACCGAACACCCAGGACAGGGCGGGUGUGUGUCCCCUCUCCUGUCCCCAUCCCCACUGUGUCGUGACAAUCCCACGGGGCUGCCAGUGGUGCUGCCAGUGUUGUCUUUGUCCCCACUACGCCCCUCAGCCCCCACAGCUGUCCCCACCCCUCCCAGCUCGCUGCAGACUGGCAUCUGUGGCAGAGAUGGUGAGAGCCCAGCCGAGGGCACAGGAGCAGCCUGGGCCAGCUUCCAUCGCUCCAGGACAGUGCUGGGCUGUGACACAGGGCAGUGCUGGGCUGUCGCACAGCACAUGCUCACCAUGGCAAAGGGACAGUCCAGUGUGUGUGCCUGGCACCGCUGCUGGGGUCCGUGGUGGCCAUUGCCACACUUGUAUCUCCACGCCAGGGCUGAAGGACCCAGCUCCGAUUGCACUUGUCCCAAAAUAAAGCUCUAUUUUUGUUGUACUCCA